UCUCGGCGCGGCACGCGGGCCGCGCCAUGGCCGCCGACGGCGGCGGCGGGCGGGAGCUGCUCGCCCUCAUCCACCAGCACCUGCUCCGCGGCGGCUUCGCGCGGGCCGCCCGGGAGCUGCAGGCGCAGAGCGGGCAGAAAUUGCUCCCUUCCCUCUCGACCUCUCUCGAGGACAUCUUUACUCACUGGGAAAAAACUCCACCAAAUUCCAAGAGAAGAAACGUGAGUGAUGAGGAGGCAGCCAUCCCAGAAAAGAUCAGAGUUCCUGAUCCCGUGAGCAGCUCUGAGAGCUCAGAGAAAGAAGAGGAUGAGAAAGAGAAGGCAAAAGCUGCAAAUGCAGCAGCCAGCCUUUCUCUGCCCACGAACUUGGUAGUGAAUCUAGAAAGCAGUGAGGAAGAUGAGUCCUCGUCGGAAGAGGAGGCUGUGGCGGGGAAAGGUGCAGUGACGGUGACAGCAGCUGUGGUGGGUGGCAAAGCUGCCAACUCCCUGCAUUCUCCUCCCAAGCCCGCUGCCCCAGCAGGCAGAGCAGUGGGGCUCCCUGCUGCUGGCAGAACUGUGCUCUCUAACAAGCAGCAGCCCAAUGUCCCGGCUGCAGCUCCAGCCCCAGCCAAGGCCCAGAAACUGCCCGGUCCUGGGAAGCCUGGACAUGCCACAGCAGCUGUGGCCAAAGUAGGGCAAAGCAAAGCACCAGUAACGACCAAAGCUCCGGAAAGUUCCAGCAGCAGCAGCAGCUCCUCAUCCGAGAGCGAGGAGGAAGAGGAGACGCCGACUGCGAAGGCCCCAGCCCCCAAAGCGGAGCCGGUAGCUGGGGCUGAGAGCAGCAGUGAGGAAUCAAGUGAGGACACAUCCUCUGAGGAGGAGCUGGCAACUCCAGCCAUCCAGGCCAAGCCAGCUGUGAAAACAGUGCAGUCUAACACAGCACCUGUGAAAAGUGCACCUGCUGCUCCAGUGUCUCUUAAGAAUGCAGUGAAGCAAACAGCAGUGGCAGCAAGCGAGGCCAAACCUGCAUCAACAACGGUUCCUGGGGCUGCACAGCCCAAUGACACAUCAGAGAGCUGCAGCUCGUCGGACAGUGAAGAUGAGGAACAUCCAUUAAUGACCCAAACAAAGCCACCUCCAAAACCCUCCCAGGCCGUCCCAUCCCCAGUGAAACCUACACCAGCAGGAUCACUCUCUGUCAAAGCAGCUCCAGCAAAAACACUUCCAUUGUCCCAAGGGAAGACAGCACCAAAACCAACAGUGCCAAAGCAGGCUAAAAGCUCACUGGGAAGGACUGCUGCUCCCACGAAGCCUGCUGAAAGUAUAAAGCCAGUGGAGAGCACUGCCUCGUCAGCCAGUGAAGAGGAGGAUCCCCCUGUGCCCAUCAGCCAGAAGAGGUUAUCAGACCAGCCCAGGCCUAUUCCCAACCUGAGCCAGGCUGCUAAAGCUGGGCAGCCUGAAAAAGCAGUGGUAAGCACCUUGAAAAGCCAGGUUUCAGAAAGCGGGAGCAGUGACUCGUCUGACAGCGAAGAGGAGUCUCCUGCAGCACAGAGACAGCCUCCACAAACUGUGAAAACCAAUUCUGUGCCCCAACCAACAAACGUGAAAAAGGCACCGGCUUCGGCACCAGCCACAGCCCCUGCAGCUGUGGACAGCAGUGAUGAUUCCAGUGAGGAGUCAGAUUCAGAGGAUGAAAUAAUCCCCCCUUCCCAGAGUCUGCCCCAGCAGAACGUCCAAGUAACUGCAGUUUCGAGCAUGGUGGCUGCCAAGGCAAAUGCCACCCUGCCUUCAGGGAAGAGGACAAAAACUCCUGCUGUCCCUGCAGUGAGCAGAGUGUCUGAGAGCUUGAGCAGUGAUGCCUCAGAUUACAACGUGCUGGCAGGGAAGGUCCCCGCUGCUUCUAGCCAAAAGCAAAUGGUUCCUGUGGGAAAAGCUCCUCCUGCCAACACUGCCACCCCAGGAAGUUCCUCUGCCAAGGCAAGGAAGCCAGUCCUGCAGCCAAGACAGGACACCCACCCAAGCCCGGCCAUGCCACCCACCCAUGCAGAGGACACCUCAGAGAGCAGCAGUUCCUCCGACAGUGACGAGGAGGAGGCACCCAAGCAGCCUUCCAAACCUGGCUCCCUACAGAAACCAGGAGUGACCCAGCCUUCCCACAACUCCUCCUCGGAGUCCAGUGAGGAGGAGGAGGAUGCAGCAUCGCAGUCCCUCCUCACAGGCUACCCAGUCCUCUCCAAGACCCCAGUAACACCCCAGGCACCAAAGACGGUUCCCCCCCAGCCUGGAGGUGAGGUGGGGCCAGGGAGGGCAGCUGGGAGUGCUGCAAACUCCCUCGCCAAGGGCUCCCUGAAGGCAGCCCCGGCCGACAGCUUGAGCAGCGACAGCAGUGACUCCGACACAGAUGACAACCAGGUGGCUGCAAACCACAAAGCAGAAAACAACCCCCCUUCAGGACAGGAAGCUGCAGAAGCCUCCAACAAAGAGAAGGUGGCAGGAAAAACAGAGCCAGGUCAUGCCAGCCUCAAAGCUUCCUCACUGAAGAAAACCCUGGCAAUGAAAGAGAACAAUGUUGGUGCAACAGGGGUGCAAGUGACCUCAGCAUCGUCACACGCCCUGGUCUUCGUCCCACAGUCACAGCAGCCAAGCUCAGGGAGUGACACUGAGGUCGCCACUGCUGCCAGUGGCCCUGCAGUGCAGACAGUGGAGGGGUUGGAAGUGAAGAAGAAGAAGAAGAAAAAAAAGGAGAAAAAGGAGAAAAAAGAAAAGGAGAAAAAGAAACCAUCCUCCACAGCAGACAAGGCUGUGAAAACACCCAAGAGCAAAGACAAAGAGAACAAGAAGCAGAAAACGUCUCAGAAGCGGAAGCUGACAGGAGAGGAUGGGGCUGUGGGGCAGCCCAAGGAGAAGAAACGGAAAAGGCAAGCUAAUGAAGAAGUACCCAAAAAGAAAAAGAAGAAAGCAGAUGGUGACCUGGAGAAGGUGACAGGCAGCAAGGAAAAGAAAACAACUAAAAAAAAGAAGACUGAAAAAGAAAAAAAGAAGACUGAAAAAGAAAAGAAGACUGAAAAAGAAAAGAAGAAGAGCAAAAAGGCAUCUUUGGAAGAGGCGCCUGUAGCAGAUGGCCCUGCUGAGGUUCACAAGAAGAAGAAGAAGAAGAAAGGAGCUGAGCCUGAAGGAUUGUGAGAAGGUACAUGGCCUGUGGGGACUGGCCAUUGGUACCCUGAGCGGCGUAACCUUGGCCACAUCCAGAACUGCUGGGCCAGUUUUGGGAUGCCAGUGUGCCCUCUAAGAGCUCACUGAGCCAGGCUGGCCUGGGAUCAGAGGGCCAGGGAGUGGCGCAGUGUGAGGAAUGUCGUGCAGCCCUGUGCUGGCUUCUCUGGAUGUGUCUGACCUCAACUCUUUAGCUGCUGAGCACCGGAUGUCCAGCCUGGGUGUUGCUGACCUCUGUCACCAGCAGAGCUGAGCGGCCUCUGGCAAUGUCUGUCUGUCCCUGCUGACCACAGGGAGCUUGGAAGAGUGAUGGGGAUUAGAUGGUGAUGUUGUGGCCACCUGGAAGAGGACCAGAUGCCUCUGCCCAUGCUCUGCUCAGCUGUAAGGCUGUUCUCCUCCUCCCCAUCCCUAACUUUUAACUCCUCUCCCCAAAGGUACCGCAUUCCUGUGAUUAAAGAUUUAUGGGUGAAGAUCAAACAGAAGAGAGGAAAAGGAAGCUCACCUGAAGAAUUCCAACUUGUUUUUAAACAAUAAUUUAUAAGUUCCUUAAACUGUGAGUUUUAGAGCAGAGCUGUGUAACUUUCUGCCUCCUCCUGCCCUGCCGAGGCCCAGAGAUGUUUUUGUACUCCCUCCAGAUGGAGUGGAACUGGAGGAGGCAGUUUGACCAGAGCAGAGCAUAAACUGCUUUUCCUUUUGUUGAUACCCAGCCAUCCCUUUCACUUACCACAGAGCUAUAUUUUUGAGAAGAACUUUUACCUUUUUUCUCCUCCUCCUGUGACUUGUGGUGUCAGUCCUUUUGCUACUACAAAGAAAGGUCUCGGGUUUCCUUUUUAUUCUAACACUGACAGUGGUGAUUAUCAUGUCCCUGGAGUUGCACUGAACUGUUGUGUCCAGCAGCUGCUCUCAGCCAAGGCAGAGUCAGUUUUUGUGUUGUUUUUUUAUGAAAUACAAAAUAAAAAACAACAGACA